AUGUUUAGCAAGAAGAGAAGAGCUGACUUCGAUGAUGAUGAUGGAUACCGUGACUUUAAACCUCGUAUCCAAAAGAGGCAGAGACUUCCUCCUGUGGUCCAAUUGUGUAAGGAAAUGAUGCCAGAUAUUCGUACGAUCGGUGAAUCAGUUAAAGCAUUUGAAGAAGAUAUUAAAUUUUUGGGCGAUGCAAUUGUGAAUGAAUAUGGCCACGAAGACUAUUUUAACAACGCUCUUUUGAAAACCUUCCGCGCAGUUGUCCUCGAGCAACCUCAUAAACAACCUGCAAUUGCUCUAUUGACUAUUGUUGUUAAUGUGAAGAAUGACAUUGCAGCCAAGAGUGUCAUCAACUUCUUUUUUGAAGAAUUACAAAAUUGUUGCAAGGACAGUAUCAAUGAAGAUUUUGAGAAUAAAUCUAAUGAAACGGGCCCUUGGAAUAGAGCUAAAUUAAUUCUGAGAUUUUUAUCAAUCUUAUCGCCAAUACUGUUGAAAGAUGAUUUGAUGGGAGUUUACAGAAAAUUCUUUGAAUUGAGUAUCGAGCUGAACAAGAGCGAAGAAAAGAGAAACGCCUUGUCUGAGGCCAUCUAUACAAACACACUAUUGAAUAUUCCUUAUUUGUUCUUGUUCAAUCGAGAUGACCAGGAUUUACAAAAUAGGGUCGAAGAGCUUCUGUCCUAUGUGGAAAGCGAACACAAAGUUAAAAAGACUGAGAUUAGUUUGCUGAAGGUUUUCAAUAAAAACAGCCCAUAUGAAUCUCUUGAAUUGGUCGAGGUUAUUUUACCAAAUGUCAAGAAGGCGUUGACAAACCACAUGGAACAACUGUCGAACCUUUUUCCAGAUUACCUACACCUGCUGCCUGAAACAAAGGAAGACCACGGUUUCAAUGAUGCUCUUGAAUUGCCGCCUGUAGAGGUACUGAAACCGUUCAGCGCUUUGAACAGGGGGGUGGGUUCUGUCGAUGGUAUUUGGAAAAAUCCAAGAUACGCUUUCCGCGUUUAUUUGGCGAACCCAGCUGGUGGUUUCGAGACGGUCGUACCUAUCACGUCCUAUGCAGGCCAACUGUUAAAUGAUAUCAUCAUCGAUAUCACAGAGAGCAUGGAAUUCAACAGGAAAGAAGUGGCUAAGCAGGUGGUAACCUUAGAUCUAUUCUUUAAGCCAGGUAUCUUUGCUGAGCCUGGUGAGUCAAUUGCUCAAUUGGCUGCCAUCUAUGAGGAAAACCCGUUGGCGUCUACCUUAAAGAUUGAAGAUUUGGCUAUUGAAACUAUAUUGGGCCUAAUUUUUAAAUUGCCUAACGUAUCACAGCCAUUUGCCUACUUUUACACACUUCUAGUGGAAAUCUGUCAGAAUUCACCAAAAGCCAUUGCGCCUGUUUUCGGAAGAGCCUUCAGAUUUUUUUAUCACAGUUUGGAAGAUCUCGACCUUGAGUUAAAAUUAAGAUAUCUGGAUUGGUUUUCCAUUCAAAUGAGUAACUUUAACUUUUCCUGGAAAUGGAAAGAAUGGGAAAACGAUUCAAUCAAGUUUGGUAAGACCUUCUACUAUGCAAAAUUGAAUUUCGCCAAGAAUUUAAUUCGUAAGGAACUAAGGCUAACUUCUAAUACUUUGGAUGUCGAGGAUAGUUUACCAGAAGAAUUCAAACAAUACUUGGACAGUUCGUACAUUCCUAAGGAUCAGCUCCACGAUUAUUACCAGUCGCUCUUCACUGACAAUCACGUCGUUGAUACCAGUAAGAUUGCGAAGAACUCGUUGUAUUUCAACCAGGAAUCUGUACCUUUCUCUGAAGAAGUCCGCCAAGUAUUGGACUAUAUCCAUAAGUCCAACGACGUUAGAGAAGUCUCAGAGUUGGAAACGAUUCUGGAAAGCAUCAAAGAAAAAUACGGCGCAUUGAUUUCCGAUUUCGAUCGGUUCACCAUUGUUCUCCUAGUUCAAACUGUUGUUCACUCAGGUAGCAGAUCUCUAUCUCACGCAAACAAGUAUAUUGGCGACCUGAGGGACGAUCUGAAUGUAAUCUUCGAAAAGUUGCAAAUAAGCAAUGAAAGCAAGGAAUUUAUCAUCGUGGAGGCGGUAGUGAGAUUUUGGAAUUCGAACUCUCAAAAUGGUUUCCUAAUUGCCGACGCAUUCAAGCACGCCGGCCUAAUUAAACCUCAAGCUAUAUUAUCCUUCUCGUUUACCGAGUAUGAUAACAAAAACUACGGUCUAGUGGAUGGAACAUCCAUUGAGUCUACUUUCAGAAGUUUAUCACAGGAAGCAGAUGACAACGAUUGCUUGAAGUUUCUCUUUGAACGUUUAUUGAAUAUCACAAAUGAGGCAAUCGCUCAGUUACAGGUUCAACCACAAGAAGUGAUUACCAUUCCCGAAAUUUCAGAGGAAAUGGAUAUUGAUGUGGAGAAUGAAUUGCCUAGGUUAGACUUACUUUGGAAGUAUGAGACCGCAGUAAGUUUCUUUAAGAGCAUAUUGAGGAAGUAUGCUGACGAUUUCAAACCGAUCUUGCCAGAAAUCAAAUCCGGUUUGGGAGCCGCAUUACCUCACGAACAAACAAGGGCGCAACUGUUGACUUGGAUUGAAGAGGUUGACCAGAUAUAA